AUGGAGACACCACCCACUCUAAUUUCAACAUCACCAAAAGCUUCAUCCUUAAUUAAUUCAACAGCAUUGUUGUCUCUAACACCAAAGGAAGAAACCACCAACAUUAUUGUUGAAAACAGCGGUAGCAAUAGUAAUAAUAACAAUAAUAGUAAUAAUAAUAAUGUUGUAAUGGCAAUAUUUGAUAAUAGUACAACAACAACUAAUAAUAUUGAAGAUAAUAAUAAAAAUAAUGUUAAUAAUUUAAAUAACAACAAUAAUAAUAAUAGUGGAAAAUCUGUGGGUGGAAAUUUCAGUUCAUUACUACAAGCCAUAAAAAAAGAUGACAGAGACUUUAUUGUCGAGUUUUGCAAGAGUAACCCGCGUGGUCUGACAAAGCUGGAUUUCAGAGACACCGACGGUAGAACACCCAUUCACUACUGUAUCGAAUACGAUGCAUAUGCAUCGCUUGACAUCUUCCUUUCAUGUCAAUCAUCACUGGUAAUCGAUAUCAAUCAUAAAGAUAAAGAUGAUUGGUCACCUUUUCAUUAUGCUGCAUUGUUUGAUAGAAUUGAUUGUGCAUUACUGUUGAUUCAACAUCAGGUGAAUAUCAAUUGUUUGACAAAUGAUAAUUGGACACCGCUACAUAUAUGUGCUUGGCGUGGACACAAUGACUUUGCUACUAUGCUCAUUGAAAAGCGUGCCAUUCUCUCACUAAAGACAAAACAAGGACAGACUGCACAACAACUUGCAAUGAACUCUUAUCAUUUCACUUUGGCCAAUGAAAUAGGUGAAGCAAUGUUAAUUAGAGAUGAUUAUGAACAGCAGCAACAACAACAACAGCAAACACAACAAAUACAACCAAAUAGUAAUAGCAACAGUAGUUCAGUUGUAACAACACCAACAACAUCACAACAAUCUAAUAAUACAACACCAACAGUUGUAUCACCGAUUUUAAUAUCACAAAUAACUUCAACUUCAACUUCAACUUCACCAUCACAACAACAACAACAACAAAUAUCAUCAACAUCUGUUAUGACAGAUGAAAUAUCACAAGAAAUAUUAUCAUCUUUACAAAGAGGAGAGAUUCCUCAAUUUCAAGAUGGUAUCAAUUAUAAUGGGCUAAAAGAUCAGAAUGGAAUCUCACCGUUGCAUAUCUGUGCAAUGUAUGAUCGUGUCGAUGUAAUUCACACUCUGAUACACAAGCUGCGUAUGAAUGUAAAUAUACAGGAUAAUAGUGGACGAACACCUCUGCACUACGCUUCGUAUGCCGGCAAGAUCGAGUCAAUGAAAAUACUGAUUCAAUACGGCGCAAUUGUAAAUAUUAGUUUGGCAAGCAGUAGCAGUGAGUAUAUCCCGCCAGCAGCAGCCAUUGGAAUCAACGCACCAAAGCUACGAAAGGAGCACGGUGUCACACCGCUUCACGAAGCGGCAUCUUGUGGCGAUAUCCGUGCACUCACUCUGCUCGUUGCCAACGGCGCCAACGUCAAUGCUCGAUCGUACUUUGGCACGCCACUCCACUACGCCGCGUCAGUUGGAUCGGUCGAGAUGGUGCGCUAUCUGCUGCAGAUGAGUGCCGACAGUCGUAUCCGUUCCGACCAAGGACUGACAGCGCUACACGUCGCCGCUUUCCACGGACACACUCAAUGCAUAUCGGCACUCAUCUCGCAGGGUGGCGCAGAGGUAAACUCCAAGGGCGAAGACGGAAGCACGCCACUCUUGAAAGCGACAAUUGGCGCGAGUGGAUCGGAGUCUCGGGAGAAUAGUCUGCAGUGUAUUAGCGCGUUGCUGGAGCGUGGAGCCGAUCCCAACAUUCCCAACGAUUGCUAUGAAACACCUCUUCAUUUCGCGGUGUACUACGGGCUGACCGACAUUGGUCAGGCGCUGAUUGGUCGUGGCGCCAAUCUCGAGGCGAAAGAUUGCUGGGGCGAAACGCCACUCCAUAAAUCGGUCUAUCAGAAUCACAGUCGCGUGCUGGAACUGCUCAUUGGCAUGGGAGCACGAUUGGCAGCCGACAACUACGAGGGUGAAACACCACUGCAUAUCUCCGUGAGAAAGGGUGCUUCCGACUGCUCGCAGCUUCUCAUCGAGAAGAGCGCGCCACUCGAUAUCUGUAAUAAAUAUGGUGAGACACCGAUGCAUUAUGCAUGUACAUACGGCUCGAUCGAGCUGACAAUGUUGCUCCUCGAAAAGGGUGCCACUCCACAUUUGCCAGAUGCUCAGGGCGACAUUCCGCUCAUGGUGGCGCUGCGUAAGGGAUUCACAGAGAUUGCUCUCGCUCUGAUUCGUUGGGGUGUGCAAGGCGGUAGGAUAGAGUUCACAGAGCAAAUUAGGGAUCGCGAUUCAUUCUCUGGCGAGGUGGGAGAGUCGCCUUUGGUGUCGCCAAUGCUGCGCCCCAAUAAUUAUAGUGAGCACGCGCUUCACGCGGCGUCGAUGGCUGGAUACUCCGACUGCGUACUGGCGCUACUCGGAGUUGGCGCAGACAUAAACGAGUCAGAGUGCUAUGGAAAUACUCCGCUUCACGGUGCGUGCUUCAGUGGAAACGCAGACCUUGUCGAUAUGAUGAUAACGAUGGGUGCCGAUGUAAAUAGAACCAACAAAGACCAAGUGACACCACUGCAUGUGGCAUCGCUAUCUGGCUAUUCAAGAGUUGUCGAAGUACUCAUGUCGAAAGGAGCAAACUGUGCGAAAUGCGACCGUAAUGGAAACACCCCACUGCACUGCGCGUCACUCGCAGGCGAUGUCAACUCAAUCUCAUUCAUGUUACAAACAAACCAGAUUCCAAUUGACCUAAAAAAUGCAAAACAAUGGACACCUCUACAUAUGAGUGCAUCUGCCGGUCAUUUAAUAUGUGCAAGAUAUUUAAUUAAUAAUGGCGCCAAUCCAAAUAUUAAAGAUAUUUCUGGAGAUACUGCUUAUGAUACAGCGAUGGCAUCUGGACAUAUCGACACGGCAGCCUAUUUAAAGAAUAUCAAACCAAAGAAAUCAUUGAAAAUAUUUGGAAAUUAA